AGGUUGACAUUAGAUUAAAGUCAAAACUACAGAAUUGUACAUACCGCACCCUAAGAUAUUUUCCUUUUAGUAGUGAUAACUUAUUUGAAAGUAUAUAAUUAAGGUGCUGAAUAAAGAUGGGAGACCAUUUGCCAGCUUGUGUAAUCGACGUAGGUACUGGGUACACGAAAUUGGGGUUCGCCGGCAACAAGGAACCGCAGUUUAUCAUUCCGUCAGCCAUCGCGAUAAAAGAAACUGCGAAAGUUGGCGAUCAAACGACUCGUCGUAUGGCUAAAGCCGUAGAGGAUUUGGAUUUCUUUAUCGGAGAUGAGGCUUUCGAUGCGACCGGGUACUCUGUUAAGUACCCCGUGCGUCACGGGCUUGUUGAAGAUUGGGACUUGAUGGAAAGGUAUAUCGAGCAGUGUAUUUUCAAAUACUUGCGUGCAGAACCUGAAGACCACCAUUUCUUGCUCACGGAACCUCCGUUGAACACGCCCGAAAACAGGGAGUACUUAGCCGAAAUUAUGUUUGAGUCAUUCAAUGUCCCAGGGCUCUAUAUUGCCGUGCAGGCGGUGCUUGCUCUAGCCGCUUCAUGGAAAUCCAGGGCGUCCGCCGAGAGAACGUUUACAGGCAUUGUGGUCGACAGUGGAGAUGGUGUCACACAUAUUGUGCCUGUAGCUGAGGGGUAUGUAAUUGGCUCAUGCAUCAAACAUAUCCCAAUUGCUGGGAGAAAUAUUACAUCUUUCAUUCAGUCACUGCUUCGUGAACGCGAAGUAGGCAUUCCACCAGAACAAAGCUUAGAAACUGCCAAAGCGAUUAAGGAAAAGUUCAGUUAUAUCUGCCCUGACAUUGCCAAAGAGUUUGCCAAGUAUGACAGUGACCCUGCCAAGUGGAUGAAGAAAUACACUGGCAUAAACGCUAUAACCAAAAACCCAUUCACUGUUGAUGUUGGCUAUGAAAGAUUUUUGGGACCUGAAAUUUUCUUCCACCCAGAAUUCUCAAAUGCUGAUUUUACGGUGCCAUUGAACGAAAUGGUAGAUGAUGUGAUACAGUCAUGCCCGAUUGAUGUAAGAAGAGGACUAUACGGAAAUAUUGUUUUGUCGGGAGGUUCGACAAUGUUCCGUGACUUUGGCAGGAGGUUGCAACGUGACAUCAAGAGAACUGUUGAUGCAAGACUGAAGCUCUCUACAAUGCUGUCUGAGGGACGCAUCACACCGAAACCCAUUGAUGUGCAAGUCAUUUCCCACAACAUGCAAAGAUAUGCGGUGUGGUUUGGAGGCAGUAUGUUGGCCUCAACUCCAGAGUUCUACCAAGUCUGCCACACAAAGCAGGCGUACAUGGAGUAUGGACCAAGCAUUUGCAGACACAACCCUGUGUUCGGUACCAUGACAUAAAUUUCAGUAUUAAUUAAAGACCAAUUCAAUAUACAAAACUAUAAUGUCACAUAUAACUUUUAACUGUAAUGAGAUUAUGAGGUCAUGAAUGAAGAAUUAUGCUAUAAAUAUUUUAUUCAUUAACAUAGGAAGGAUUUUGUAAACUUUUUGAAAGAGAAACAAAAUAUUUGUAAAGGUUUGUAUAACCUUCAAAAAACAUUGUUAUUGUUUCCAAACAUUGAUUUAUAAUUUUAAGAUUUCUACAAUAUGUAUAAAAUAUUGAUAUAUUUUCUUUUUUAAUUUGGCUGGAUAAACUAUUUCAAUUAUGCAUUUAAAUAUAGAUUGCAUUCCAGCUUUUUACUUAGAAAUAAAUUGUCAUUGAAAGUUAA